CUUUCGUGCUACACCAAACUCACAACAACAAAAUAGCAACUUAUCGGAAGAUUCAAUCUACCUUUUAGUACAUCUCUUCAGCUUCAAAAAGCUUCAAAGUCAAAAAAUUCCAGCUUUCAACAGUCACGUGUUUCUAACAGUCGAUGCUCGUAUGACGUAGCCUUUCCAGCUCGUCUCGAGUCAGCUCAAACACCACAUUACCCCGCGCCGCGCCUCACCUUUCUUAUUUUCCAACUUCCCUUCCUCUAGGCAACCAACUUUACACGCGUUCACACAUCUUUCAACAAUACAACAAAAGCAGCAAAAAUGAUCCAACAAAUCCUCCUAAACCUCUUCCUCGUCUCCCUUGCUAUGGCCGAGGAGACGGUUUCUACGAGCCAGCACGGCAAUGCGUGGAAGUAUGGCACUGGUGGUGGAUUACUCGGUUUCGUGAUUUUGAUUUUGGAUAUUAUGGUGUUUAUGGAAGUCCUCAAGUCCAACCGUCCUCCCUCCCAUAAGCUGCUGUGGUGCGUGGUGGUGUUCUUGUUCCCGAUCUUGGGGCUGGUGUUCUAUUGGUUGUUUUCGAACCGUGAGAAGCAUAUGGGGAGUGGUGGGUAUGAGGCUAUUCCUUAGAUGGAGCAGCGAUGUGCCGAGAAAGGAGGGACAAUUGAGAGGAGUAUUUGAGAAGCGGAUACGUUUGGCGGCAUAAAUCCUUGCUGGCGUGUGGGGGGUAGCGGAUGGAUAUCGGGGUGAUGGUUGGCAAUUGAAGGGGAAUGGAUAUUGGUUUCAUGAUGGAUGCUUGGGGUUCUCUUUGCAAAGCUGUAUACCUGGGCGUUCUGCUAAACGAGCACUUCAAUAAGCAGAUAGCCGUAUGAAAUCUAUUCUUGCUUAUCGAAUUAAUCGUUCGAAUUAAUGGUGUUGUUCAC